CAUUCUAGACUACAAGAUGCCAUAGGUAUUGGACACUAUCAGAAACUAUGGAACAUACGCAGAAGAGUUUGGAGUAUACUGUGUGGCUUGGAAUGGAAGAUGAUGGCAACAACAACCACUGAAAGUGGAGCAACCAGUGGGUCAAAAGAUUACAAAAAGGUAGCCAAACACCUUUGUGGCGUGAAGCAACUUGAAGUACAAGUACACCCCCUGGACAGUACGCUAAUCUAUCGCAGGGCCUUACCUCGACUCCAUCCCCCUAACGCGGCGUGCCAAGCCGAUAUGCAACAGGUCCCAUUUUUACAGUCUUUGCCCACAGCGGCUGCCCUGAAAGGAGCCAUCCAGCUGGGCAUUGGGUACGCAGUGGGGAACCUGACAUCCAAGCCUGACAGAGAUGUACUCAUGCAGGACUUCUACAUGGUGGAGAGUGUCUUCCUACCCAGUGAGGGAAGCAACAUGACACCAGCGCACCACUUCCCAGACUUCCGUCUCAAAACCUAUGCCCCUCUCGCCUUCCGCUACUUCCGAGAGCUCUUUGGCAUCAAAGCAGAUGACUACCUGUACUCCAUCUGUAACGAACCUCUGCUUGAGCUGUCCAACCCCGGGGCCAGCAGUUCCUGGUUCUACCUGACCAGCGACGAUGAGUUCAUCAUUAAGACUGUGCAGCAUAAAGAAGCUGAAUUCCUGCAGAAACUCCUUCCUGGUUACUACAUGAAUCUGAAUCAGAACCCGAGGACACUGCUACCUAAGUUCUAUGGCCUUUACUGCAUCCAGUGUGCCGGGGUCAACAUCCGUCUGGUGGUGAUGAACAACGUGUUGCCCAGGGCCCUUAAGAUGCACUACAAAUAUGACCUGAAAGGCUCCACCUACAAAAGACACGCCUCGCGCAAGGAGCGCGCCAAGUCCUCGCCCACUUUCAAGGACCUGGACUUCCAGGAGAUGCUCGAGGGCCUGCACUUUGAUGGCGACACGUACAGUGCCUUGAUGAAGACUCUGCAGAGGGAUUGCAGGGUCCUGGAGAGCUUUAAGAUCAUGGACUACAGUCUCCUGCUAGGGGUGCAUGUUCUGGACAAGAGUCUGGAAAGGGGGGCCAGGGGGGACAGUAAGCGCCUCAACAGCCAGAGGGUCCUCUACUCCACCGCCCUGGAGUCCAUCCAAGGGGAAGGGGAUGGCAAGGUUGCAGAGCCAGUGGCAGACGAUAACACAAUGGGUGGAAUUCCAGCAAAACACAAAGAUGAGAAGCUGCUGAUCUUCUUGGGGAUCAUUGAUAUCCUACAGUCCUACAGGUUAAUUAAGAAGAUGGAGCACUCCUGGAAGGCCAUUGUACACGAUGGGGACACCGUGUCAGUUCACAGGCCCGGUUUCUAUGCAGACAGAUUUCUUAAUUUCAUGGGUGGCACCGUAUUCAAAAAGAUCCAUCCUCUAAGAGGAGCAUCCUCUAAGAGGAAGAGGAGCUCCAUCCAUGCGAUGAGGUCAGCCUCCCAAGAGGUGCUGUCCCCCCAAAAGGAGGAGAAGGAGGAGAAGGAUGAGAGGAAGGCCCAAAGCAUGGAGUGCCUAGACAGACCAUUAAGUUCCUCCAAGCACCCUGACCUAGUCACGCUCCCUAAAAGUAUAAAGCAGGCUGUUUCCUUCUCCUCCUCCGCUCUUCAGACUAUCAAGAAAGACCUUGAGGAGCACCUGGAGAAUAGUGCCUCUUGUAUGACCGUGGCCCUGGAUGACACUGUCCCCUUUCCCCCUACCCAGGGCAGCCCAGACUCUGUACAUGAUGUCUACUUGACUGGUGGCAGAAGAUGACAAGUCCCAUCCAACAGCACCACUAAAUAGACGAUGACCUCUAAGCAUCAACUGCACAACAAAUGCUAUCAUGACAGCACUCCUCUACAAACUGUAUUGCCUUUUAAUGUUGUGACCUGCACUAUGAAGCUGCUUUCUCCUGCUACAGUACACUUUGCUGCUACUGUAACAUCAGAGACAGCCCUAAGGUUUUGAGAUGGAGACUAAGGCUGUUACAAAGGCAGCCCAAUUCCAAUCUUUCUUUCACUAAUUGGUAGUUUGACCAAUCAUGUCAGCUCUGAACAAUAUCUGAUGUGAUUGCUCAAAAAAUGAAUGAGUAAAAUCACUUAUAUUCAUUGCUUCUCUAACAGAGAUCUGUAUUUGUAUGCACAUCCAUGUGAUUUAUUAUUUUCUAUUGACAUCACUAGUAAUAGUUCAAUUCUCUGAGGCUGGAUCCCUGGAAGAUAAAUUUCAUCAGGUUUUUAUUUGAAGCAUACUAAAAAAGUAUAUACAUGCACAGAGACACUUUUUUUCUUCCAGAAAUGAAGAUAAAUCUAAAGUAGGACCAGAAAAUACUGCAUUGGGCAAAUGCUUCAUUUACAUGACAUACCUCUGAGUCCUCAAAUCAACCCAUCAAGUCACUUCACAAUCAGCAGACCUUGGACACCAGGGAACACAAAGUAGAGGACAUACAGGAGUUGCCAAUCAAUGACUUGGUCAAGAUUUUAAAACAAUGCCAUGGUGAAGGAAUACCAUCCAAGGCGUAUGUCAUGUAGCUAACGAUUUGUGAAUAUGCCAUAUCAAUUGUCUUCCUUUCAUGAUCACACAUUUCAUUAUGUAUUUCAUGUAGCUGUUGUCCUAUUAAUGAUCAGUCGUGAUUAUACAUUUUCUUUGUGAAAUUAUGUAUUUAAGAUAAUUAAAUGUACAGUUGGCCUAAUGUAUGUUAUAUUUAUAGAAAAUACUAAUUGGCUCAGUUUAUACAGGAAGCUUAAUUUUGUUUCUGAUGCUAAAUUAUUGGCAAAAGACCUAAUCUGAUUGAUGAAAAGACCAGUUAUUGGGCAAGAAUCUGAAUUGGACUGUCUGUCUGGAUGCUGCCAAAAUAAAAUCAGAUUUUAUGCAAUAA